CUAAUAAGAAGGUGAAGAAAGGAGAAAUGAAGGAGAGAAGAAGAGAUGAAGCAACGGGAGCUGACGGCGUUACUGUGCGUGGUUUGGGCGGCGACUCUCCUGUACGGAGAGAUGGUCGCCUAUUGGCUGCCCUCUCUUUGGGCUUGUUCUUGGCCUCAUCUUCUUCGCUCCAAUUCCUCGAUAGAUGGAACAAAAUAUCCGGGUGAUUACGUGAAAAUUGCUGUAAUUACAGAUCCUCAGCUCAUGGAUAGAACAUCCCUCAGUCUUGCACCAAAAUCACUUGCUUUGGAAAUGGCUCAAUUCUACACUGAUUUAUACAUGCGCCGAGCAUUCGUUGUGUCUAUACUGCCUUUCAAGCCUGACGUGAUUUUGUAUUUAGGUGAUUAUUUUGAUGGAGGCCCUUAUUUGUCAGAUGAAGAAUGGCAGGAAUUGUUAGACCGUUUCAACCACAUUUUUGCUCUGGAUUCACAAGGAAGGCAUAGAGAUAUAAAAGUCUACUUCCUAUCUGGAAACCAUGACAUUGGCUAUGAAAGUAUCGUCACUCAUAGGCCGGAGGUUGUCAAUCGGUAUGAAAAGAAGUUUGGGAAGAGAAACUAUCGAUUUACAGCAGGAAAAGUGGAGUUUAUUGCCAUUGAUGCCCAAACUCUAGAUGCACGUCAUCAACAGAAUCUGGCUUCGUCACCUUUGGAAUUUGUCAAGAAUGUCUCCAUGGACGUUCAAUCAUAUCCCAGGGUUUUAUUGACCCAUAUUCCAUUGUACCGACAAGAUGAGAUGUAUUGUGGCCCUAAUCGUAAAUCUCCAGUCAUCAACCAGCGAAUCUCGCGCACGGCUGAUGGGGAAAUAAGGUACCAAAACUACGUUUCUGACAAGACAUCUGACUUCUUACUGGAGUUGAUCAAACCUGUACUCAUCUUAUCUGGUCAUGAUCAUGAUCAGUGUACCAUAAAUCACGAGUCAACAUCCCAGUCGGUAAUGGAGCACACUGUAGGGACCAUAAGUUGGCAACAGGGAAACCUGUACCCAUCUUUCAUGUUGUUGUCUGCUGGUAAUUUUGUACUUCAAAACACAUCAAGUCCCGAUGAAGCAGUAUUAACCCAGUUGUGCUUUCUUCCUACGCAAACUUUCAUUUAUAUAUGGUAUAUUGUACUAUUUGUUUUCACCAUUCUUGCCCUGCUGCUUUGGCCAACUAGUAACACAAGUUUUUGGCAUCGGUUGAGCGAUUUACUGGGGUAUGGCAAACAGCUGCUAAGUAGUCUUUUCAGUGCGACGAAAGAGAAAAACGAAGAUCUAAACUGCGAGUACGAGAUGAUGUGGGAUGCUGAAGGAUCAAUGCAUUUGGUUAAGAAGUUGAACACUCCUAUAGUAACACGUUCAAGUGAAAUGAAUCCAGAAAGGGGUAGUGCUGUAAUUCGGCCAACGGCCAGAAAAAAUAGUUCCCAAGAGUCGGAUAUCUCUUUGAGUGUGGAGAAUAGUGCAGAUAUUGGGUCAGAUCAUAUGACGAAAUUAGCACCAAGGGCCAGCAAAUCAUGGAGAAAGAUUGUGAUCCAGAGAUUGUUGCGCACAUUCCUAAUGCUUUCCAUCAUUGCUGCGGUGAAUGUACCUCUCUACAUUAUUUUACUUUUCAAGGACUGGAUUGACCAAUGAUCCUAGAGUUGAAGAUUUAUGAUUUCGUUGCUUCAACGUGUUUUCUCUACUUCAGAGAAAUAUCCUGCUAAACUUAGCAUGUGUUAGGAAGUAAAAUCAGGUGAAUUCCACAGUGAUCGUGCAUUUUCUUGCAGUAACUGAAAUUAAAUCUCCUUUUUUUUUUUCUUUUUUUUUGGGUGAAAAAAAUGUAAAAGUAAACCGACUUUACUUUCUCCCAACGUAAAGAUGACAACACAAACAAAAUUUUGAGAGUUUGUUCAAUAUGAAGCAAGUCUAUUCCAGUGAAUUACGUGUAGAUUCCCACAUUCUGUGGUGCCAAGUUCUGUCCAAAAGAAUACAGUUUAGAAGCAACUGAAAACGUUCAUGGUUCAAGAAAUGGAUAUCAUCAAUAUUCAGUGCGUGGGAAAAGGCUUGUUCGAUUGCAUUUUUGAGUUAUGGUGACUUGAGUGUAGAUCUUGAGUUGAAUU